UGCGGAAAAAACCCAAGUUGCAUGCGAGAUAUAAUUAAAUCUGAUUUCAUCGUACGCAGUUAAUUUUUCCUCACAUUCAGCGCGUUAAUUAUUUGAUUGCACUGAAUUCGGUUAAAUUGACUAAAUAUGUGUGGCAUGUAAUAAUAUUCGCGACUAAGCGCGAAUUAUCACGUACAAUUGUCACCUUGCUUUGCCGCUUGCAAUGACUACAUAUAGUGCAAAUAAAAGGAACAGACUCGUAGAAUUGACGGCCGCGUAUCCGUGAGUCAGUCACCGUUAGUCGCAAACAAGUCGCAAACAGACACAGAUGGAAUCCGGUUCAGUGUAGUCGAGUGUACGCAGUUGAUUGUAAUACGAUCUUAACAAGCCUUAGUCUAUCGUGAGUAAUCGAAGGAGGUAGAACGCGCGACGACGCGCGUCCCGUAAAAUGGCAGCACAAAGUCGUACGGGUUUGGCGCUCCUUUUUCUGGCGUGUAUCUUCGCCCAGGCAACGCGAACGAAUUCAUUGAAUUAUGACGACUCGGUGCUUGGGGUGCCAGGAAUGUUGUGGGUGAAGGCGUUUAGGGCCCUGAAUAAACACUCGCCUACGCAUCACCGGUACAGCAGCGGCCAGAUGAUAAGUGUGCAGGAAUUGGAUGAGCCGCCUUACAAGCUAUACAAGUUUACAUUUUAUAUGAAACCAAUAUGUGGAACAGAAUCUUGUCCCAGGGAGGCCUGUACGAUCGAUCUGAAACAAAAGGGCGAUAUAGAAGAUGACAAUAUAGAGGCACUGAAAGAUUCUAUUCAGUGCAUGUACUUUUAUACGGCCGAAGCGCAAAAUGACACAUCGCAGGAACAGCAGAGUUAUCAAGAUCAGGAAGACUCUCGGAUCACUCAGGAGAGCUUGGUGGAUCACGCGGGAGAAAUUUUUGUUCACCAGACUGAACAGAUGAACAACAAUCGAAGCGUCGAAUUGGAUCAUGAGAUUGAAGAGACUGGAGACGAGAACGUCAGACCGUUUAUUGCUAUGCGUGCUUCCAGCAACAACUACUGUCCAGGUUGUCCAUACGAAUUGAAUCCGAAUCUGCCGAGUCUUCUAGUCUAUGCCGAUCAAGCAUUGAGAUCGAUAGACGAGCAGACCACGAACGAUUACAAGCACAAACUGAUGAGCAUUGUGAAAGUCACCCGUUCGGUACCGGUCUCGUCCAAUAUGAUACAGUAUCAAUUGCUGUUAUUGAUAGGCGAGUCAGAAUGUCUGAAGAAUGCCUUGGAGCAGGAGCAAGAAUGCCCGCUGCGAACGACCAAUUCGAUCAAGCUAUGCCUGGUUACGUUUGAGCAACGACCGUGGCAACUAAUGUCUUCUAAGAUCAUUAAGAAUAAUUGCACGGAUGCGGAAGAUUCUCGCGUCAACACUAGCAAUGAAUCUCAGCAGCCAGAUUUGGAGAGUCAGUCUCUAGUUACGGUCAAAUAUAAUGAAAGGCAAUCAUCCAAUACCGAGAUAGUUGAUGCCUACGAAGGCUUGAGAAAUUUGCUCGAUAAUUACACCCACGCAUCUUCGACGCCCUCGAAGCAAUCCGAGGAAGCUGCUGUGACGGAAUCUAUGAAUGUAAAGGUAGUACUGAACAGAAGUCAGGACGAUGAGAAAAUUGUUGGUUUUACAGACAAGGCAAAGGAAUUCGGAGAAUUCUUGGAGCAUUUUGAUCUGCCCGUCAAAGCGGAAAAUGUUGUACCCGAUACGCGAGAAGCUGUGAAGGAGGAGAAAUUUCAACGAAAGAAGGUUUCUACGGAGGAUUUAAAUAUCGAGAACGAUAAAACGGAUAUCGUUAAUAGAAGGAAACGAUCGCUGAUGAAAAGAGGAUUAGUCGGUGCACCCACGGCGAUAUCUGUAAAUGAUGCUGAAAUUAAAAAUUAUGUUGACAAAGCAGUACGCAAAAUUUCUGAGGAAUCGGACAGUCCGAAUGAGCCAUUUAUAGUGGAGAUCAGUGAGGCAAGCACCCAGGUAGUCGCCGGUAAACUUUAUAAGAUCAAGGUCAAACUGAGCACUAGUAAUUGCCCGAAGGGCACCAAAGACAACUGCCAGUUGCAGGCUGGAAGCGAAGUGAAAGAGUGCCUGAUAACGGAUGAGCCGCCUUACAAGCUAUACAAGUUUACAUUUUAUAUGAAACCAAUAUGUGGAACAGAAUCUUGUCCCAGGGAGGCCUGUACGAUCGAUCUGAAACAAAAGGGCGAUAUAGAAGAUGACAAUAUAGAGGCACUGAAAGAUUCUAUUCAGUGCAUGUACUUUUAUACGGCCGAAGCGCAAAAUGACACAUCGCAGGAACAGCAGAGUUAUCAAGAUCAGGAAGACUCUCGGAUCACUCAGGAGAGCUUGGUGGAUCACGCGGGAGAAAUUUUUGUUCACCAGACUGAACAGAUGAACAACAAUCGAAGCGUCGAAUUGGAUCAUGAGAUUGAAGAGACUGGAGACGAGAACGUCAGACCGUUUAUUGCUAUGCGUGCUUCCAGCAACAACUACUGUCCAGGUUGUCCAUACGAAUUGAAUCCGAAUCUGCCGAGUCUUCUAGUCUAUGCCGAUCAAGCAUUGAGAUCGAUAGACGAGCAGACCACGAACGAUUACAAGCACAAACUGAUGAGCAUUGUGAAAGUCACCCGUUCGGUACCGGUCUCGUCCAAUAUGAUACAGUAUCAAUUGCUGUUAUUGAUAGGCGAGUCAGAAUGUCUGAAGAAUGCCUUGGAGCAGGAGCAAGAAUGCCCGCUGCGAACGACCAAUUCGAUCAAGCUAUGCCUGGUUACGUUUGAGCAACGACCGUGGCAACUAAUGUCUUCUAAGAUCAUCAAGAAUAAUUGCACGGAUGCGGAAGAUUCUCGCGUCAACACUAGCAAUGAAUCUCAGCAGCCAGAUUUGGAGAGUCAGUCUCUAGUUACGGUCAAAUAUAAUGAAAGGCAAUCAUCCAAUACCGAGAUAGUUGAUGCCUACGAAGGCUUGAGAAAUUUGCUCGAUAAUUACACCCACGCAUCUUCGACGCCCUCGAAGCAAUCCGAGGAAGCUGCUGUGACGGAAUCUAUGAAUGUAAAGGUAGUACUGAACAGAAGUCAGGACGAUGAGAAAAUUGUUGGUUUUACAGACAAGGCAAAGGAAUUCGGAGAAUUCUUGGAGCAUUUUGAUCUGCCCGUCAAAGCGGAAAAUGUUGUACCCGAUACGCGAGAAGCUGUGAAGGAGGAGAAAUUUCAACGAAAGAAGGUUUCUACGGAGGAUUUAAAUAUCGAGAACGAUAAAACGGAUAUCGUUAAUAGAAGGAAACGAUCGCUGAUGAAAAGAGGAUUAGUCGGUGCACCCACGGCGAUAUCUGUAAAUGAUGCUGAAAUUAAAAAUUAUGUUGACAAAGCAGUACGCAAAAUUUCUGAGGAAUCGGACAGUCCGAAUGAGCCAUUUAUAGUGGAGAUCAGUGAGGCAAGCACCCAGGUAGUCGCCGGUAAACUUUAUAAGAUCAAGGUCAAACUGAGCACUAGUAAUUGCCCGAAGGGCACCAAAGACAACUGCCAGUUGCAGGCUGGAAGCGAAGUGAAAGAGUGCCUGAUAACGGUGUGGGCGCGACCGUGGAUCGAUCAGGGUUCACCCGAAAUAACGAUCACAUGUCCUCCAUCGCCAACAAGCAGAAAGAAGCGGUCCCUGCAUGGCGUUAAUUACAACCCGAAGAUGCUACAGAUUGCUGAGGAAGUAAGGAUCGAGCAGAAGUUCAACAAGUUCGUAGCGACCUAUAAUCGAACGUACUCCACGCCGGAGGAGAGGAAUUUACGAUUCAGAAUAUUCCGCGAAAAUCUCGAUAUUAUACAGCUGCUGCGUAAAACCGAGCAGGGAACCGCUUACUACGACGUCAACAUGUUCGCGGACAUAUCGCGCGAAGAGUUUCGAUCGCGUUAUCUUGGUUUGCGACCGGACCUGCAAUCGGAGAACGAUAUUCCUCUGCCUAAAGCUGAGAUCCCGGACAUUGAGCUGCCACCCAAAUUCGAUUGGCGAGAAAAGGGCGUCGUGACUUCAGUGAAGGAUCAGGGCAUGUGCGGCUCCUGCUGGGCCUUCUCGGUUACAGGCAACGUCGAAGGCCAGUAUGCGCUCAAGCACGGCCAGCUGCUAUCUCUCUCCGAGCAGGAACUUGUUGAUUGCGACGAUCUAGAUGAAGGUUGCAGUGGCGGUCUACCGGACAACGCGUACAGGGCUAUUGAGAAACUGGGUGGUCUCGAGUUGGAGUCGGACUAUCCCUAUGAGGCGGAGAACGAGAAGUGCCACUUUAAGAGAAAUUUGGCCAAGGUACAACUGGCUUCCGCUGUCAACGUCACGUCGGAUGAGACGCAAAUGGCGCAGUGGUUGGUACAAAAUGGUCCGAUUUCUAUCGGCAUCAAUGCCAAUGCCAUGCAAUUCUACGUCGGCGGCGUAUCGCAUCCCUUUAAAUUCCUCUGCAAUCCCAAGAACUUGGACCAUGGCGUACUCAUUGUAGGAUAUGGUACAAGUGAAUAUCCACUUUUCCACAAAAAACUACCAUAUUGGAUUAUCAAAAACAGCUGGGGAAAGCAUUGGGGCGAACAAGGAUAUUAUAGAGUUUAUCGCGGAGAUGGCACUUGCGGGCUUAAUACGAUGGCUACAAGUGCCGUGGUUGUUUAAUACUGAAAUUAAUUACAUGAAUAAGUUUCUCAUGACAAUUAACUUAUACAUAUAUAUAUAAAUUGUAUAUUCAUUCUAAACGAAGUUAUACAUUAGACAUAUAUAUAUANNUAUAUAUAUAUAUAUCUUUUUUUACUAACUUUGAAUGUCGAUUUCGGAUACAUUCACCUGCCAAAUAUUUGACAAGUGCGACUUGACUUUAUUUUCACACUAUCCAUAGCAUAUAUUAUAAUAUCCACAUAUAAUUCAGCUUAAUUUUUCAAAUAUUUGGCAAGCGUAUGAAUCUUCUAGAGUCAUUUAAUAUAUAUAUGCCUAAGAGUUUAAUCGGAGCAAAAUUUAAUUUUUUGCAUAUUUACAUUGAAAUGGAAACGAUAUAGUCGUUGACGACAAUCCUAUUUAUUUGUUGAAAAGUUCGAGAUUUAUAUAAUUCUGCAGUAAUUCUGCAAAUUUUUUGCAAAACAAAACAGAUAAUAUAUAAUAUAUAAAUAAUUAAAGUAUGUUAUUAUGCAACAAUGUUGAAAAGUUAGAAAAAUUGAAGAUAUUAAAUAUUAAAUAGAACUUUGCUAAGUGCAUUUUAAAAGAUAAAAAUUAAGAUAAAGCGUGAAAACUUGACAGCUAUAUAUUUUGCAAUUUUUGUGUUAGAGACAGCUAACAUUUUUUUAGAGGUUUUAUAACAAGUUCCAGCCUUGCAUAAAUCGAUCCUGGAGAUUUUUAAUUUUGUACGAUUUGUUAACUCAAUCAAAAAGUAAAAUAAAAAAAAAAUCAUUUGUAAAAAAAUAUGAAUGAAACAAGAAAACGUCUGUAGUGUCAAUCUUUAUUGAACGCAAUAUAAAAAGACAACUAUAUGAAACUAUGUCAAUUUAAUAUAUCUCAAAUGUUUAACAUAUUCGAGUAAAUAUAUUCAAAACCAAAAUUGGUGUUAUUAAACCUUCAAUAAUGAUGUGUAUGCGAAAAUGUGUGAAAAUGUUGAAUAAAUUUGAAAUCAAUUUA